UAAACUUAAUGGCGGGUAACUUGACAGUGCUAACGCUUCACAUGUCCACAACAAACCAGACAAUAAACAUCUGUACACAUGGAGGCUCAUUAACAGGAAGCUGCGGAGUCGUGUGAUUUAACCACAGCUGUAGAAACAUCUGGAGGAAGGAGGAGGAGGAAACAUGCCGGAAAUAAAAGUUACUCCGCUGGGUGCUGGACAGGAUGUUGGUCGCAGCUGCAUCCUCGUGUCCAUCGGGGGUAAAAACAUCAUGUUGGACUGUGGGAUGCACAUGGGAUACAACGAUGACAGACGUUUCCCAGACUUUUCCUACAUAACCCAGAAUGGACGUCUGACAGAGUUCUUGGACUGUGUGAUCAUCAGCCAUUUCCACCUGGACCACUGUGGCGCUCUGCCCUUCAUGAGCGAGAUGGUGGGCUACGACGGCCCCAUCUACAUGACCCACCCCACCAAGGCCAUCUGUCCCAUUCUGCUGGAAGACUUCCGCAAGAUCACAGUCGACAAAAAGGGAGAAACCAACUUCUUCACCUCGCAGAUGAUCAAGGACUGCAUGAAGAAAGUUGUGCCAUUGAACCUGCAUCAAACCGUCCAGGUGGAUGAUGAGCUGGAGAUCAAGGCGUACUAUGCAGGCCAUGUCCUGGGAGCUGCCAUGGUGCACAUCAAAGUGGGAUCAGAGUCUGUCGUCUACACCGGAGACUAUAACAUGACGCCCGACAGACAUUUAGGCGCUGCGUGGAUCGAUAAGUGCCGUCCUGACAUCCUCAUCUCCGAGUCUACGUACGCCACCACCAUCCGAGACUCGAAGAGGUGCAGGGAGAGGGACUUUUUGAAGAAAGUGCAUGAAAGCAUAGAGAGAGGAGGAAAGGUCCUUAUCCCUGUUUUUGCUCUUGGAAGAGCUCAAGAACUCUGUAUCCUGCUGGAGACAUUUUGGGAGAGAAUGAACCUAAAGGCCCCGAUCUACUUCUCCACUGGGCUGACGGAGAAAGCCAAUCAUUACUACAAGCUCUUCAUAACGUGGACCAACCAGAAGAUUCGAAAAACCUUCGUGCAGAGGAACAUGUUUGAAUUCAAGCACAUCAAGGCUUUCGAUCGCUCCUACGCUGAUAAUCCUGGACCAAUGGUGGUGUUCGCCACACCGGGAAUGCUGCACGCUGGUCAGUCUCUGCAGAUCUUCAAGAAAUGGGCUGGCAAUGAAAAGAACAUGGUGAUCAUGCCUGGGUACUGUGUACAAGGAACAAUCGGUCAUAAGAUCUUAAAUGGGCAGAGGAAGCUAGAGAUGGAAGGGAGGUCAACGCUGGACGUGAAGCUGCAGGUGGAGUACAUGUCCUUCAGUGCCCACGCAGACGCUAAAGGCAUCAUGCAGCUCAUUCGAAUGGCAGAGCCUCGCAACAUGCUGCUGGUGCACGGGGAGGCCGCCAAGAUGGAGUUCCUUAAGGGCAAGAUCGAACAGGAGUUCAGCAUAGACUGUUACAUGCCCGCUAACGGAGAGACGGUGACUGUGACAACAAACCCCAGCGUGCCCGUGGACAUCUCACUCAACCUGCUCAAGAGGGAGAUGGCGCUCGGAGUAUCGUUUAGUACUGACGAAGAUCUGGGCAGUUUCCUCUCAACUCUGCUGAAGAAGGGGCUUCCAGCUGGUCUCUGUUGAAAUCCCUUUUCUUUUGACCCAAAGCAAUAAACAUUUGAAGGGAAUGAUUCUCGCUCUACCAUUCAUUGGAUCCUGGAUUCUCUGGAGGCUACAAACCAGCACUGAUAACCCCCCCCCCUUCUUCUUCUUCUUUUGUUGGGAUCUUAAAUCUAUUUGUUUAAAUUUCGAAGGACUCUGGUCUGAUUGGUCCGUUCUUUCAUGCGGACAUCGUAGACUCACUUCAAGACACAACCCACAAGAUUAAAAACACCAAACAUAAGAUGGCUGUAUUCGUCUGUCGCUUUAUUUUGAUGUAAAAUGACAAUUUUAAUAAACACUUUUAUAUAAAA